AGUUUGUAUUAACAUCAUAAUACCUUUACGAAGAUAUCAUCAAUACUUGACUAUUAUCAACACAUUCGCACGUUCGAUCUGCUAAAGACGUAUGUGUCUACCCGACAGGAAAGAAAGCCUAUCCAUAGCAAAUGUCGCAUCAGCAGAGAUAGCAGAUACUCGUAGCAUUAAACAAAUGAUCAGACUAACGUCUUUCGUUAUUUAUUUAUUUUCUCUACAUCAGUUAUCUUCUUCAAAUUCACAAGUGAGUUCCUUAGAUUAUUUAUCCCCAGUACACACUCCCGCUCGACGCAUCUACCGCGGGCACAAAACGAAGAUCAAGCAUUUUCCUUUUUUGGUGACCGUUCAUGUCCUCGGCCGGUUCGUGUGUGGCGGCACGAUUAUCAAAUCGGACCUAGUCAUAACCGCCGCCCAUUGUUUGAAAAGGUGGCAGGAAUGGGUGCAUCGCACCAGUACUACACUAGAAACAACAACUUAUGAGACCACUACCGAUGAGACCACGACCGAUACAAUCACAACUGAUGUGAUCUCAAUCGAUGACAUCGUAAAUGAUGUAUUCGGUAUCGAUGUAAUCGCAACUGGUACCGACGGAGCCGAAUUUAAGUCAACCAAUACAAACACUGAUGGAACUGAAACUACCCCCACCGAGACCGAAACGACUGAUACUACAAUAAUUACUCAGCAGAUUAGCUCCGAAGACUCCGGAAAAAGCUCGAGUUACGAAACGAUACCACCGAAGACAGUCAUCACGGAAGAAACUUCUAAACCUCCCACUUUCGGUGUCCUCUCUGUGCGCAUCGGCACAAACUAUUACAGAUUAGAGGGGAAGGUGGUCCAGGUGGUAAAUGUUUAUUUCCAUCCUUCAUACGAUGAGAACAACUUGCAAGACAACCUGGUCAUCAUGAGACUGGAAAGACACCUCAAUUUCAAACGAAGGAGAGUACGCAAGAUAGAGAUCAGUACAGACGCAUCUGAUGUGGCAGAGGGUACUGAAGUUACUAUUGCUGGUUGGGGUGCUAAGACUUACCACAACAAAGUCUUUAACGCUUUAUGGAAUUUGAUCCACAAGGCUGUCUUGACAGUCAGUCCUCGGGAUGAGUGCGUAGAUACAUAUACUGAGAACUUCGUGACAACAACAAAUUUUUGUGCGCUAAAUGAACAUCACGAGGGAGCUUGCAAUCGCGAUGCCGGUAAUCCUGCGGUGGUGGAUGGCCUGCUAGUGGGUGUUGUCAGUUUUGGCCCCCCUAACUGCGGGCAAUGGGACGCACCUACAGUCUUCACCAACGUUGGCUACUACGCAGACUGGAUUGAAGAGAUCAUGCACAUGGAUCUGAAAUCAUCAUCAAUAUCAUCAUCAUCGUCGGAUGAAAAUGAAAACCGAAAAAAGCCAACACCAGAAACGACCACCAAGUGUGCUGGUUGGACAAAAGCUACCACAACCCCAGAACUCUCGGAAUUCGAUACACCUGUAUACUAUGAUGGUAAUAUUUACAAAGAUGAAAAAGGUUGGACAACGAAAGCUACCACAACUACAGAACUCUCGGGAUUCGAUACACCUGUAUACUAUGAUGGUAAUAUUUACAAAGAUGAAAAAGAACAGUAUAAUUUUCCUACGAGAGCGUAUGAAGACGUUAAAUUAAGAAGGAGGUUUAGUGUAGUAGUCAGUGAGAAACAUAGUACAUCGAUAGUCCCAUUGGACAAUGCUCUUCCGAAAAUAUCUACGUUAAGUGAAUCUGGUGCAACCAUCGAAAAAAUAUUCUUAUUAACGCCUAACACACCUAGAAUUCGCAAUGAUUUAGAUCACACAGUUCCAAUAUUUCCAUACAUUUUCGAACGAUUUUCGUAAUUGUUCGAAGAGUUAAGCAAUUAGACCUAAGAUUAGUAACGGUUUCUAAAAUUUUACGUACUACGAUAAAAUUUACAAAAUGGAAGAUAGUUUGAAAUGAUGACGACAAUAAAGCUGAAAUUGAAUUCAAUAUGUGUGUAAAUUAUAUUCCCGAAAAACCAAAUAAAAAUGAUAAUUGAUUCUCGUUGUUUUCUUUAUAGGUAUGCGAUACGAUACUAAAAGAAUAUGUAUUAGAAAAAUAUAUAAAAGAUUCACUAACAACGCAGUCCUACAACUAGCCCUUAUUAGGAACUAGAGGUGCCAUUGAUAACAGUAAAAAUACAUAGUAAAAACUGUUUACUUUAAAUAUCAUCCAAACAAACGACUAGCAAAAUA